UCAGUCUCGCGCAUUCGCUUUUCUUCGACUGUUACAACUGUACCGUACCGACGACACAACGGAGUGUGUUGGUACGGCGGUCAUCGUUGCCUAUUAGAAUUUAUUGUUGUUGUUUUUUUUUUUUUUUUCAUUUCCACCGAACUUUCGACAAUAUUAUUAUUAUAAUAUUGUCGCUUUCAACGCCGCGAAGAAAUUCUCGUUUUUCCCUCUGUCGGAUAGUAAAAUAUAAUAAUAUUAACCAUUUCUUUUAAGAGAAUAUGGCUCAUUUCCGAAAAACCAAAAAAGAUCACAACAAAGCGUUCGUCAUUUUAAGAAAGGGAUCUGAAGAUUCAGACGUUAUAACAAAUACAGCGGACCUGUCUCUGGGCAUUGAAAAAGAAGCGCUGCGGCGCGAAAAUGAGCACAGAGCUCGUUCACAACUACUUAACAGUCGUACAAAACCGGUGGCGUUUGCCGUUCGCACAAAUGUUGCAUUUGACGGUAAAAAGGACGAUGACUCACCAAUACAAGGCUGUGCGAUCACAUUUGAUGUUAAAGAUUUUUUGCAUAUCAAGGAGAAAUAUGACAAUAACUGGUGGAUAGGCCGACUGGUGAAAGAGGGUUCUGAUGUGGGUUUUAUACCAUCCCCCGCCAAACUCGAACUCCUGCGUCAGAUGAACCCAUCACGAAGCUCAAAAAAUCAUUCUUCCAAAAACUCGUCAUCGUCUAACUUAGCUGAAGAUGAUGAUCCUAUUGGAAGUGGUCGGAUGUCUGCCAGAACCACAUUAACUGCUCCCACAGCCAAAGACAAACGCAAAAUUUUCUUUAAAAAACAAGAGACCACACCCCCAUACGAUGUCGUACCAUCUAUGAGACCUGUUGUGCUUGUUGGUCCAUCUCUAAAAGGGUACGAGGUGACCGACAUGAUGCAAAAAGCUCUGUUCGACUUUUUGAAACAUCGUUUUGAAGGACGAAUAAUUAUUACACGUGUAAUGGCCGAUAUAUCCUUGGCCAAAAGAUCUCUUCUCAAUAACCCUUCAAAAAGAACAGUUAUCGAAAGUAAGCCUGGUUCAAACUCAAGAUCAAAUAUAAUGGCUGACGUACAACAGGAAAUAGAACGAAUUUUCGAACUCGCGAGAACACUACAGCUUGUCGUUUUAGAUUGUGAUACUAUCAAUCAUCCAUCCCAAUUAGCAAAAACUUCUUUGGCACCAACCAUAGUUUACUUAAAAGUUUCGUCACCUAAAGUACUCCAGCGGUUGAUCAAGUCCAGGGGAAAGUCGCAGACCCGACACCUGAACGUGCAGAUGGUGGCGUCCGAGAAGUUGGCCCAAUGUCCACCAGAGAUGUUCGACGUGAUACUGGACGAGAACCAGCUGGAGGAAGCGUGCGAACACAUAUCCGAGUACUUGGAGGCGUAUUGGCGUGCAACCCACCCGCCCGUCACGCCCGACCCCAACGAACAGCAGCUGUUGACGAGGCCGAUCAGAAGCUCGCCGAGCAUGGAUAUGCCCAUCAUGUCGUCGAUGAUGAACAACUAUCAGCCGUCAGAUUAUCAAUCGAUGGAUCGCAUGCCGCCGCGUCUCGAGCGCAUGCGCACCACCGAGUACGACGACUACGAACUCAGCGAUCACGACAGCAUGGUGUACGUGCCACCGGCCAUCGGGUACCAGUCGAAACAACCGCAGCAGCAACAGCAUCACAAGCAACAGCAUCAUCAUCAGCAGCAGCAACAGCAGCAGCAGCAGCAGCAUCACCAUCAGCAGCAACAACAUCACCAUCAGCAACAGCAGCAUCAUCAGCAGCAACAGCAGCACCAUCCGCAGCAGCACUAUCAGCAGCAGAAACAGCAACAGCAGCAUCCGCAGCACUAUCAGCAGCAACAGCAACAACAGCAACAACAGCAGCAGCAGCAGCAACAACAGCAACCGCCUAUGCGACGGCAGCACAGCGUGUCGUUCGAACGGGGCCAGUCGCAACGCGGACAGCCCCGUCCGGGCGGCAGCUCGCACAACGUGCACCACCAGCUGUCUUACCAGACAGAUAUGCUGACCCACAGCCCGCCUGAGAACUCGUCCGACCAUCUCAUGUCGUACAUGUCGCCCACGCUCAGGUCGUCGUCGUCCACGUGGCGUGGCAACAACGUAAACAUUUAGUACAAACAGACGGAAUUUUAAUAACAGCACGCGUGACGUUAGGGUGACAGAUAGCGUUCGUCAGGUGUAACGAUACAAUAACAACGAUAAUAUAGUUAAGGUGUGCAAUGACUUUGUCUUCUUGGUUGGUGUUUUGUGUUUAUAACGACGUCGUCUUCGUCAUUGUUGUUCUUAUUGUAUUGUUAUUAUCCAUUGCGAUCGUUAUUUGUAGUAACAGAGUCGUCGGCGUGAUUGUCAUUAAUAUUGCCGUAAUCAAAACAAAUGUCAUGUAAAAUCCCGUUAGGGUAUCAUUAAUAUAUUAUACAUACCUACUUUAGUAUUAGUCAACAUAUCUCGUAGAUGAUAAAGAAACUGAUAGGACCAUAGAUAUAAAAUAUAAUACAAUACAGUCGUGUGUCAAGGGGAAUAAAAAUAAAUUUGAGUUGUACGCUCAAGCACAACUUAAAAACACUACAAAAAAAUUCGAGUUUUCUUACAUACAAAGUGUAGCGAAGCAGCACAGAAUGAACGGGUCGGAAUCUCGUCUAUGAAUAACAUUUUUUCAAAAAUAAUCCAGAUUAACAGUGAUGCCAGAUAAUAGAUAAUAUAUCUUUUUUUUGUAAUUUUUUGUCGCGUAUUGCUACACAGCUCAUCGUUUCAAUUUAUGUAUAAAUUCAAAUACACAUUGUUACCUGAAUUUAUA